UUAGAUCUUUGGUAUCCAUGGGAGCAUCUGUGGGAGCAGUAACAAAACAGACCCUGUUCCCUCCUCUCAUGCCUGCAGGACGACCUUUUCGUGUAUCCAAUGCCUCCAGAAGCAGUCGGAAAGGGAUUAUGGCCAGCAGUCUGCAAGAGCUCAUCAGCAAGACCUUAGAUGCAUUCUUCAUAUCUGCUGGAAUAGUUACUCUGGUUUUGGAGGAAGAUGGCACAGUUGUGGAAACAGAGGAGUUUUUUCAGUCCCUGGAUGAUAACACACACUUCAUGAUCCUAGAAAAGGGACAGAAAUGGACACAAACAAGAAAUGCACUCACGCCAAUGAAGGAAAAGAAGAAAAUGGGAGUAGCUAACAUCACAUUUGAUCUGUACAAGCUGAAUCCCAAAGAUUUUAUUGGCUGCUUAAACGUGAAGGCCACUUUCUAUGAGAUCUACUCUGUGUCAUAUGAUAUCAAAUGUAUGGGAGCAAAAAGCAUACUGCGGAAGAUACUUCAGCUGGUAUCCCAUGCAGCACAAAUAGUUGGACAGUUUCUUGUCUGCACUGGAACAUACAUGCUGCAGCUGAUGGAUGAAUACGACAACCGCGCGUGUACGAGAGCGAAGCGGGAGCAGUGAGCACAGCUGCGCUUCCAACACGGGAUCCUUUUGCUUAAAGAUGUUCUUUUGCCCAGUUGUGAUU